CGGUCGGUUCCGCCCAUCCCAACCCUACUUGUCCUGCCCAGUCCCGCCCUCGCUGGUUCCUAAAAGGCUAGAGGUCGGGUUGCAGCCGAGGAAGCACACAAGGGAUAUGGACCAGUGUUUUGGAGGGACAGUUCAGCCCCCACAGAACCGUGGUGCUUCCAUGUCAUCAUGUCUUAAAACAGCGUCGUAUUUUUCUGCUGUGAGCCUGCAAAGACGUCACACGCUGCUCUGACGUUAUUUUACCCUAUGGCGUAAGGCAGAGGUGUGACUGAGUGUGUGAUAGUCUGUGAGGCCUGCAGAGACCCUACUGCUCUCUUUGGCCCACAAACACUGGUAGAAUGGCCUCACCUCUUAGGGGAAAGUCCUCUGUGCCACGGAUGGAGACGACCCACUGCAAAGAGACCUCGACAGUCAGUGUGGAGACAUCAUCCCGCCACGUGGAGACAUCAUCUCGGCAGGUGAGAACGUCUUCUUCCCGGCAGGUGGAGACCACCCAGUUCCAUUGUGAAGGGCCUUCUCAUUACCCUUCUGGAAAGCGGCUCCCAUAUGUCCUCGAGGUGUCUUCGCAGCAAGUGGAGACCUCCUCGCAGCGCACAGAAACAUCCUCCCGCCACAUCAGGGCUUCGUCCCUCCGAGUGGAGACAUCUCUGCACCACAUGGAAAGCCCAGCUCGGCGGGACAAACAGGCUGCGCGCCAGAACGUGAAAACGACUCGAUGAAAUACUCACCAAGGGCCAUGGCCAUUAGCCAGGACAGAAGUGCUUCUAGCUUCCAGUCAGCCAGCUGCCAAGAGGACCAGUCAUCUUUGAUUUCAUGGAAACAGACCAUAAAUCAAUAUGAGAAAUAGCCAGCUUGCCCUUUCUGGCCUUUAUUGACCAUACUGCACCUUGGAUCAUCCUACUUUUGACCCAGUGAACUAUUAUAACUGGAAGCUGGGACGAAGGAUUUUCAGCCUCAUGAUCCUGUAAAAAUUGGGUUGAUGGACAAAGAAAUUGAGUCUCUGAAUCAGCCUCUGAAAAAUAACUGUCAGAAGCAUGGUUGCAGCCCUCCUGCUUUACCUCCUCAAGGGGUCCCAAGGAGCAUCCCACCCUCUGAUAGGAACCCUGCUCCUAACAGGACACCAGCCUGGGGGAGGAGUCCCAAGGGACCCUCUGUAUGACAGCAGCUCCUUCCAGCAUCAGUGAAGUUCCAGAAAAGGGAUCAGGGCAAGCCCAAGCCCAAGCGUCCCUCAGCAUCGGAUCGGGCAGACACCCAAAACCGCAGCUACAGUUUCCAGAGAGCCAAGCCUCCCACUGCAGGCACAGUAAACUGAGAAGCACUGUAGCUAUAAAUGUGAAGUGGUGAACCGCAGGACACUGCCGCAGCCCAGCAGCAGGCAGAAGCCUGCUCCCAGACGCCCUGCAGGCUGUAGGCCUGGCCUGCCAAGCCUCAGAAAUAGCCCAGAGCUGUCUGCCAGGUCUUGGAGUUCCACGCUCUGAGCAAGGCUGUUGGGGUUUCCAUAGGGGCAGGAGUCACAAAGGCAGAGCACUCACUGCCUAGCUAGGGUACGGGCAGGACACCACACAGCAGUUUCCACACCAACUGUCACUGUCACUGGUGUCGACUCAUAAACGUAAUCUCACUUUCUGUUGACUUCGGAGCACUACCAUCUUUUGGCGCUCAGUGCUUAAAGUCUUGCUACUGCCCUGAGUGGCGCCAGGCCGCAGGUUCAGGCCCUCUGGAGGAUACCUCCAGCACAAUCAGUUACCUGAUUGUAGGGUGGAACUCAUGUGGUCCUGGCAGGCAUCCUUCUUGGUACUGCAAGAAAGAAGACUGUGGGCAGGGGCAGCAGUGGCUGACACUAUCAAUUCAGGGUCCCCAGAGUCUUGCCAGGGUGGCCGUGCCCAUUGCCUAGGCAAGGAACCACAGCUAGAGAAGAGAGUGCAGAGUCCAUCAAUGCCUCCUGCAAGUCAGGCCUGGACAGGAGAGGCCUGAUAGAAGAGUCUGGGGGGACAAAAGAGGCCCCUUCACCCAUGACCUCUCAGAGCCUACUAAGGUGAGGUCUCUCCUCAGCACCCUACUCCACUGCACCCUAUAGUGAAGCCAGUGAAGACGGUGGAUGUGAGACAUCACCUGAUACGUCUAGUGAGCUGGCCAGGGAAGGCAAAUCACCUCAGCCUGUUUGUCAUCUGGCCCAAAGAAUGCAGAGACAAGCAUCUCUUCUUACAGGAAGGAAUCCAGGGUUAUACCAUGGAGCCGUUUGGGGGAAAGCCCCUCUCAGUGGGAUUGCCCUGAACUGUGUCUCUUCAAUGUCCGUCAGCUAAGGAUCCCUUAAGGAGAAGGAGGAGAUGAACAUUUGGGGUGCUCUACCAGCUACAGCAGAAGAUGUGAUCUGAGAACUCUGGGCUGAGUGAUGGGGAAGAGAGACCCUGACUGAGUACCUCCAGACCCCAGACCUGAGGAUCACCAGUGAGGGAAGGUCCAGGGGCCUGACCCCUUGACGGAAGACCAUACCCACCCCCAAGAGUCGGGCAGUUUAGCUUCCCAAAUCUGCUAAGCGGAAAAAUUUGGAAAGGUUGGGCCCAUGUUUAUUACUAAAAGAAUUUUUUUCCCAAAUUUCUCAUCUAUAAAAAAACUUUUAAAACAUCAUAGAAGGAGAGUGAAAGAAAAGUUUAAUAUGAGGAAAAACAGUUUUCUUGUGCAGGACAUGACGCUGUAAAGUUAUUGUUUCUCAUCUAAUUGAAUCUAAUAACCCAUCCUGAAGCAUUCAUUCAUCCAGUAUUUAUUGUGUACCCUCUGUGUGCCAGACGUGUUAGAGGUAUAAGGGACCCAAGGGUGAUGAAAAUAGAUACACAAAAACCCCUUGCCUUUUACACUUUACCUUUUUAGAGACAGAGGAGAGGUAGAUAUGACAUAGAAGAAGAUAAUUACAUAGUAUGUAAAAAAAAUGAAAAGUGGAAUAGAGAAAAGACAGGUAUGGAGGAUGCAGGGCAGGUGAGAGAGUUGUAGUUUAAAAUGGGCUGAGAAAUAUAUUUGAGCAAAGAUUUAAAGGCACAGUAGGGACAAGAAUAGACUUUUCAUACUCUAGAUAGCAAGAUCCAUGCCCCUGGAACAGAGGGAGUCAGUGGUUCUCUGUCUUGGGUGAUUUUGCUCUCCAGGAGACAUUUAGCAAAGACCGGAGACAUUUUUCAUUGUCACAGUUUGAUGUGGAAAGAGAGUUGCUACUGGCAUGUAGUGAAUAGAAGUCGGGAUGCUGCUCAGUAUCCUACAGUGUUCAGAACAGCCCCUUACAAUAAAGAAUUAUUCAGUCCAAGAUGUCAGUAGAGCUGAGGUCAAGAAACCCUGGAGCAAGUGAGGGGAAAAGGAACAGGAGAACUGGCCAGAGAAGUCAAUGCCAGCCAGAGAACCAGUAUUUUGACACUGGAGAAGCUGAUUCAGAAACUGUUAUGGAAAAAUAUAUGGAACUGGCUAGGGGAAAAAUGAAAAAGAGGAAUACAUCUUUCGAGGUCUUAACAUAUAAAAAUUUCUGACAAAUGACUGAUUUCUUUAAUAUAUAAAUAGUUCUUUAAAAUUAAUGUGAGGAGGUAUCCUUAAAAAAUACUUCUUGGGAAAAUAAGCAAAAGACAGAGAUGCCACUGAAAAAGAUAAACAAAUGGAUUAUAACCAUUUGGAAAAUGCUCAGCCUUACAACUUCAAGAAACACAUGGCACAGGGUAUAUCUCAGUGGCAGGGCACAUGCUUAGCAGGCAUGAGGUUCCAGUACCACCAAGAAAAGAAGACAAAGAAUUACAAAUAAAAGUCAUGAGAUAGCAUUUCUCAAUAAUUGGAUGAGCAAAGGUUGUGAUUUAGUGCGGAGCAGCUAAGGUUAUGUGAGAGCAGGUUUCACCCCCAAUUCUGGAUAAUAUAACAUUAGUUCAACAUUUUGGGAAGGAAUUUGGCCACUUCUGUCUCAGAAUGAAAAUCCGCAUCUCUUGACCCAGCAUGUCAUCCUAGGAAAGUAUUAUUCACACAUAAGUACACAAAGAUAUAUACACAGAUUUGUUUAUGACAGCAAUAGCAAUAUACCAGACACAACCUAAAUGCCCAUCGACAGGGGACUUGCUUAUUCUACAGUACAUACUUACAGUGGAAUAUUACACAACUUUUUAAAACUAAGUCUCACGCUUAGGCACAUGUCCAAGAGAAAUAGAAACAGGCCCACAAAAAGACUUGUACAGAGAUGAUUUAGAACAGCUUUAUUUAUAAUGCCCCCUAACUGCAAUGGCUCAAAUGUCCACCAACAGAAUAGACAAACUGUGUUAUAUUCAUACAAUGGAUUACUAGUUAGCAACAACAACAAAAGGAAUGAUCAGAUACACACAGCAACAGGAAUGAAUUUCGACUUUGUUAAGCAAAUAUGUGUUGUAUGAUUCUAUAUCUAUGACACUCAGUGGACAAAACCAGUCUACGCUGACAGAAAUCAGAACCUACUUGCCCAGAAGAGAAACCGAUUACUGGAAGGGGCAAGAAGAAUUCUGAGAGAGAGAGAGUGAAUGACUUGGGGUAUUAAUUACAUGGUAAUUGUCAAAAUUACUGGAUUGUAUAUUUAAGGUCAAUGCUAUUCACUGAAUUUUAUUUUAUCCCAACUUAAAGACAAAAUGAACUAUUGAAUGAAAAAGAUACUAGCCCAGUUUAAUGUCUUGAAAUAGAAUGAUCUCCAGAUAAAUAAUUAAUGCAGGGUAGAGGGAUAGAGACUAAGACAAUACACUUAUCCUAUGUAAUAAAGGGAAUAUAUAACUUUACCUAAUUUUCAUAUAUGUAUUGUUUCUAGAAGGAUAUGUAAGAAACUGUUAACCUUGGUGGCAUUUCUUUAGGGGACACGGGGAACUCAAAGUCUGAGGGAGAGAUAUGUCUCAAUACUUUUUGUAACUGUUGGAAUUUCUAGUAUUGUGUUCAUAUUCAACUUGUAUUAUAAAGCAUAGUUUUAAAUUCUUGAUUGGAUAAAAAGAUGUUCUGAGAUUGACUUAAUAUUUUUCUACCCUUGAGAGCUGGAAUUGGGGGCACUGCCAGGAGGGGUGGCUGUGCCUCUGUAAGUGGAAGUGUGCACUUGGGCAGCAGAUCAGGAAAGCAUGUGGAAGAUGUCACUGGGGCAGGGAAGUGAGUCCUGGCUCAGGGCAUAAAUAAAAUAAACUGAGAAUCUGAUUGC